AUUGUCAACAACGAAAAUGGCAGCGUCUUGGCGUCUUGUGUAAAAUUAGACAUUCUUCCAUUCUGUUAUUUCUGUUGAUAAUAAGACAUAAUCCAUAUUUGUAGCUUUAUUUACCUCUAUUACAUAUUAUAUUGUAAUAAUGUAACUAGUUUUCAACAUUACAAGGAACUCUACUGUAGUAUUUUAGUUCUGAAUCAUGUUUUGACAUAAGAGAGUUCUAAUAUUUUAUAACUCUAUCAUACCGCGAACUACAAAGUAUUUGUAAAUGAUGUUUUGAUUAUUUUAUGAAUAAAAUAUAUUAUUCACCGCGAUGGAAGACGUGAAAGUUUGCCGAAUAUGCCUUGUUAUGGGAGUAAAGAUGUAUAACUUACAUACGUACCCAUUAUAUGGUUACUUUGAAUCACUUAUUGGGAUUAAUCCUCUAAGCAUGAUGGAGCUCCCUCCGUACGGAUGUUACGAAUGCGCUGCGCUGAUGAAGAAGCUGUAUAACUUUAAGGAGCGAUGUCUCAUCGGUCAGGCUGAGCUGUAUGCUGUGUUGCAGGCAACUGGCAAGAUUACAGCCAACGCGUUAAACAGUAUAGACCGCCGGCAACUCAAAUUGAUCUCCAAUCUGUCCAUCAGCCAUGAAAAUAAUAUAAUAUCCUGUGAACAUGACGAUAAUGUUCAAGUGAAAAUAGAAUCUCCCAAACCGAGUGAUGAUUAUCUCAUUGAAAUAGAUACUAUAAAGCAAGAAGAUUAUGAUGACUUCCUAAUGACUAACAUGUCAAGUGACGAUGAGCCGCUUUCGUUACAAAAGAGUCUAAAAGAGAAAAAGAAGGUUAAGAAAAAAGAAAAGAGGGGACGGAAGAAAAAAGAAAAAGUUGGUUUAGAAUGUAAUGGAGAGUUACAGGAUAUUGAGAAAACACCUGACAUACCGUUGGUCUUAGAGCCCGAAGCCGCAGAGGUCUCAGAAGCCCAAGAGGCCCCAGAGCUCUCAGAAGUCCCUAAAAAGAAGCGAGGCCGGCCUCGGCUGUCGGAGGCCAAGAAAGAAGCGAAGCCAAAGUCCCGUCGGACUCGCAAUACUGGUGGUGUGGGCGUGGAUGAUAUAGACCUUGAGGAGUAUGUCACGGUUGUUAAGUUGACUCCAGAAGAGCAGCUAGCGGAGAUAACCAAACGCCAGCAAUCGUCGAACUAUCUGAACGCUCCGUUCCAGUGCAAUCUUUGCUAUAAGGGCUUCAUAGACGCGUUGGCAUGGAAACACCACGUGGGAAAACAUGAUCCAAGCGCAGGCGAAGUUGAGUGCAACAUUUGCAAGUUCCGUUUCCGGUCUCGACGCGCGCUGCAAAAGCACGCGGCCAACCACGAGAAGAAAUACGCCUGCCGCUCCUGCCCAUACGUCUCCAAAACCACAACGCAAGCGAAGCAACAUCAGCGAUGGCAUAAAGGCGUUACAUACAAGUGCCAGUACUGCGACGAGAUAUCGACUAAAUGGACGUCGUACCUAAGCCACGUGCGAAUCAAGCACCCCUCAGAGUUCAUAUGCGGCGUGUGUGGAUACUCUUACGUUAGCAAACUCGGGCUCGCCAUGCAUAAGACCAUGAUGCAUAAGGACUAUGUUGAAAAGACUGAACCUGAUGCCGAUGCAGAGCCGGGCCCGUAUUGCCAGGAGUGCGACGUACAGUUCGUUACAGAGGAGGCGUGGAAGCGACACAUGGUCACCUCCGCCAAGCACGCGCCCUCUAACGACUUCAAGAACGGGUGCCGGUCGUGCGGCAGCGUGUUCUCGAGCGGCGAGGAGCUGCGCGCGCACCACCGCGCCGCGCACGCGCGCCGCCGCCCCAAGAACUACGGCAAGAAGCGCGACCACGCCUGGCCCGCGCCCUGCGAACACUGUUCGGAAGAGAUCCCGAAUGCACGGGAGUACUGGACGCACUUCCGUCGUGCGCACCCGGACAAACCUUAUCCUAUACAGAAGAACUACAUCUGCGAUAUUUGCGGCAAGAGCUUUAGGGGCAACGCGUUCCUCGUCUACCACAAACGCACCCACUUCGAAGAGCGCGCGUACAAAUGCGCCGUCUGCCCGAAAGCGUUCCACAACCGAACCAACCUGCAAAUGCACGAGAAGACUCAUUCAGACGCGCGGCCCUACCCGUGCUCUGUCUGCUUUAAGGCUUUCAAGUGUAAGGGGGCACUUGACAGGCACUUUAGGAGUCACACUGGCGUAAAACCAUACGAGUGCGAAGUAUGCGGUAAAGCGUUCGGGCAGUCAAACAGUCGGAAGCUUCACGUGCGCACCGUGCACUUACGUCAGCCCGCGCCCUACGUCAGCCGCGCGAGGAAACGCCGACCGCUGCUCGAGGCGCCAGCGCUUUGCAACUAGAAGUGAAAAAACCAUACACAUGCGAAAUGUGUUGCGAAUACCUGCGCUUGGGAACUAGGAAUGUGAAACCCUUUCUUGUGCUGAAUGUGUUCCGGCGGAGGCGGCCGAGGGAAGAAACGCUGCUCAAGACACUGGCACUUCUUCUUCUUCUUCCUAGCGUUAUCCCGGCAUUUCGCCACGGCUCAUGAGAGCCUGGGGUCCGCUUGUCAACUAAUCCCAUGAUUUGACGUAGGCAACUAGUUUUUACGAAAGCGACUGCCAUCUGACCUUCCAACCCAGAGGGUAAACUAGGCCUUAUUGGGACUAGUCCGGUUUCCUCACGAUGUUUUCCUUCACCGAAAAGCGACUGGUAAAUAUCAAAUGAUAUUUCGUACAUAAGUUCCGAAAAACUCAUUGGUACGAGCCGGGGUUUGAACCCGCGACCUCCAGAUUGCAAGUCGCACGCUCUCACCGCUAGGCCACCAGCGCUUUUUUGCUCAAGACACUGGCACUAAGUGAAAAAAAUACUCGUGUUAAAAUGUAUAGGUGAUUACUGAUUAGGGUACCUCACCCGCGCUUUGCUAACGUGAAAAUCAUGACUGUCAUUUUAUAAAUAUUUUCAAACAUAAUUAUACAGUGAAAAUAAAAUUUAUAACAUGACAUAACUUUUAUGAACAUCUUUCUAGCCUAAAACAAACAAAGCAUUUCCGCAAAGUAGCCGAAAUGUGACUGAUAUUAGAAAUAUAAAAAAGGGGACUUAAGAAAAUGUUGUCAAAUUAUGCCGACCUUAUAACUAGCAUUAUGAAUAAUAGUUUUGAAUAAUCCUUGUUUAUUUUCACUACACUUAUAUCGACCGGACAAACAAUACAAAAGGUAAUCGCGGUCCAUAUCCCGGAUAUAAGUCUAUAGCAUUAUGAAUGUCGGGACCAUAACGAAACCUAUCUAAUAAGCCGAUUGAAAUCUGAAUGUUCUCUGAAUCUCAUCUUUAUGUCAUAAUUAUUACUACCUAUGUGCUUAUUUUUCAACAAUUAGAAUAAAACCUUUGAGGAGCAAAAUCAUGUUUGAAUUUGAUUUUAUUUCAUUAAUGAUUUAAUCAUGAUAUAUUGUAUUGAACUGCAUGACAUUUUUAUGAAACAUUGUAAAUAAUAAAUAUCUGUGAUAAAGUAUCACAAUCAUAAUAAUUCUCAUCAGUAUUUUAGCUAGGUAUUAUAAUUAUUGUACUAGACCUACAAUAAGGUAGUACUAUGCUUUAGAUUAAUUUAUUUACACCACAUAAUCA